CAGGCCUAAAGUGACGACAGUUUUCACCCACUUCGCAGCCCUGCCUUAGCCUACAUUCUUUCCGUUACGACUCCGCAUUCUAAGUUGCUCGACCUUUAACGCUUCCUUUAAACCCCUAUAACCUUUGGCGCGUGUACCCCACUCUCUUCUCCUCAAAAAUUUUAUCCUCAAGCAAAUCAAAACCCAAAGAAACAUUCUUAGCUUUGUUCGCUCCCACAAUUUAUUCCUUUGAUUCUCAGACUCACGCAGAUAUCAAAAUCUUUUGGGCAUAGAGAUAAAGGGAGCAGCCUAUAGUUAUGCGUGCAAAUGGCAACAUAUGAUUAUGAUCCUGAUGUUACUCGGUGGGGUCUCCAUCAUCUGCUAGAUGUUUGCACUCUUAGGAAUAAUGCUUCUUGUUGUGGUGUGACUCGAUAUGAUCAAGAUUUGAGUCAAGUCGAGUUUGUUAGAGAAGGUUAUUGUGAGAAGGAUAAUGUGGAGAAUGAUGAGGCUGUAGCACGUGCGCUUCAAGAAGAAUUUAUGCGGAUUGAUUGUUUAGAAGCUUCUGGAGUAUCUAAUGGUGGGCCAGAGCAUUUGCAAGAAUCUGUUCUUGCACAGAAUUGGCUUGGUCCUUCGGGUAGACACUAUAGUUAUGGUAGUGGAAAUUUAGGGCAUGACAAUGAUCAGCAAGCAGCAAAUGAACCUGGCAUACAGAUGGAGAAUGCAGUUCCCUGCGGAAUCAUAAUAGAGGAGGCAAGUGAUCAUAACAGAGUGGAAAAUGAUGUACAUCCUGAAAUUAAAAUGUUCACUUCAUGCUCUAGCCCAGGAGGAGGAGAACCAUCUUAUGUGGAUGAUUUGUUACAUAUAUUUGAUAUAGCUGAUGAGUCCAGUCUUGAUGGUGAAGUAGGCAAACGAUUGAAUCAGAUGGUUCCUGUUCCUCAUGUUCCUAAAACUAUUGAGAAAAUACCCACAGUUGAUGAAGAAAUAUCAGAUCAUCAAAGGCUGCUAGAGAGACUGGAGUUAUAUGAGCUGGUUGAGCUUAAGGUUCAAGGAGAUGGUAACUGCCAGAUGAUAGGUUGGGGUGGUUUCCUUUGCCGGAUUCAGCUGGUGUCCAAGUCACAUGCAGAUAUACUUGAUUUUCGUGCUUUAUCUGAUCAACUGUAUCGUUCUCCUGACCACCACGCUUCCGUAAGAGAACAGAUUACUCAACAGCUUAAGUGUCACCCGGAAAUGUACGGGGGUUAUGUCCCCAUGGCUUACAAUGACUAUUUGAAGAAAAUGAGCAAGAGUGGCGAAUGGGGUGAUCAUGUGACAUUACAGGCUGCUGCAGAUUGGUUUGGAGUCAAGAUAUUUGUGCUAACUUCAUUUAAGGACACAUGUUACAUUGAGAUCCUUCCACAUAUCGAAAAGUCCAAACGAGUUAUUUUCUUGAGCUUUUGGGCUGAGGUGCAUUACAAUUCGAUUUAUCCAAAAGGAGAUCUGCCUGAAGUCGACACAAAGAAAAAAAGGAAAUGGUGGAAUUUUGGGAACUUGAUCAGCUCAUGAAGUUUGCCAUAAUUUCUAAUUCAACUUUUUUUGUAUAGUUUUUUCAACCUUCGGCUUAUGGCUCCUUGUAAAGUAUAGGGUGGAUAUGGUGGUUUCUUUGUGGUUCUCUGCUUAUGCCGUGCUGUUCAUUCUUUUGUAAAUAUUAAUUUUCACAUUCAUUGAUUUUAUGGUCCUCUUAAUUCCAUCUUCUAUUGGUUUUUCCAUCA